AUGGCGUGUCUAACAGAUGAAGAUAAGGGAGGGUUUAAAGAUGAGAAAGGUCGAUUGCCAGGACAGUUGGGAAGGGUGAAACAGGAGGAAGCUCCAGGACCGAGAAACGAAAUCGUUAUGAACCCUAGGAUAUCACAUGUCCAGUACCACGCUCACUCCCCUCUACCCGGUGACACCACUCAAUUCUCCAUCCUCACCGUCUCCCCUGAUGGAGAACGAGAAUAUCCACCUGGUCAGACACCCGUCGUCUCUCGGUCACCUUCAAUCCAGAGAGACGAAUACGAAAAAGCCAUAGGACGCACCGUGUCAGAAGGGGAAUGGACGGACGCUUUGCGUGUCGGUGGUGGAGAUAGAACAUCUAGGUGGAGUUCGUUUAGAGAUAGCAAAAACAUCCAUGAUCAUGACUCAGAAUAUCAUUCUGAUGCCGACGCCCAUGAACAUGCGCAGAACAAAUGGUCUCUUUUACGAUCAAGAGUUCUUCCUCAUCGAAGUAGCACCGGACCAAAUCCCACCCCUGGUAAAGUUACAGCCCUCGCCCCUACAGCCGUCGCAUCAGUACCAAUAGCCACCGAACUCUUCGCCGGUCAAUUACCAGUGAUGAUGCUCAAAACAUGGUUGGACAGGGACGAAGAUGGCCAUCGUGCCGUCCCUGUUCUUCUUGGAAGUUUACGUUUCAGAGUGGGUGAUAGUGUUGGUUUAAAACCUGGUAAUCAAACUGGAAAAGAAAUGUUCAAAAUCGAAUGUGAAUAUGGAGAUGGGGCUGUGAAAUGGGUGAUUUUCAGAGAAUUAAGAGAUUUCGUUUCACUUCAUGCUCAUUACAAAGCUUCGAAUUUCGGUUCUAAAGUCACAGGAUUGAGAUCUAGUAGAGGGGUUGAAAUACCGGAUUUCCCAAAGAUGAGUAUACCUUAUUUGAAUAGACUGGGAUGGGAGAAAAGUGAAAAGGGUGAGAAAUGGGGAAGAGCGGAAUAUGCCGAAGCUAGUAGAGGUGCUUUGCAAAAGUAUUUGGUGGAGUUGAUACGUGCUGUGAUCUUCCGUCCAGAAUCUAACCGUCUCUGUAAAUUCUUUGAACUCUCCGCUCUCACCGUAUCCCUCGCUCCUCGUGGUGGCUUCCAAGGAAAAGCGGGCUUUCUGAGACUACCGGGAAGUAACACAUCUCGUCGUGCCAACCAACCCGGCCUCACACCCACAUCUUGGAUCCAUAAUCGCUCUCCUAAGUGGUUCAUCGUGCGAGAUUCGUACUUCGUCGCUACCGACGGUCCAGAGUCAUUGGAAUUAUACGAUGUGUUCUUGAUCGAUUCUGAUUUCGCCAUUGAACGGCCUAAAAGAGUAUAUAGGACUGGAUUCAAUCUUCUAUCAGGAAGGAAUUUGAAGAAGGGAAAAUUACACGACCCUACAUCCGACGCAGGAGCCAUAGACCACGUUGAUACUGAAAACCCACACGAUCAAGAUAUCAUAGCAGCAUCAGGAGAAGGUAAAGGUCCUCGAGCGGAAGAAAUGAAAGACGAAAGGGAAAACGAUGCUUCUCAACAUACAUUCUUCAUCGUAAAUUCUCAACGUAAACUUAAACUCGUCACUCGAAACGCGAGACAAAUGCAUCAGUUCAUAGUUUCAAUGGAACGUAUAGCCGCUCAAUGCGUUUGGUCAGGAAGGAAUCGAUUCGAUUCUUUCGCUCCUUUACGUAUCAACGUUGCGGCUCAAUGGUUGGUUGAUGGAAGGGAUUAUUUUUGGAAUUUGAGUAGAGCUAUGAAUAUGGCAAAAGAUAGGAUUUAUAUACAUGAUUGGUGGAUCAGUCCGGAAUUGUAUCUACGUAGACCUGGUGAUGAGAGGUAUAGGUUGGAUAAUCUUUUGAAGAGAAAGGCAGAGGAGGGUGUGAAGAUUUUCAUCAUCAUCUAUAACGAAGUAUCAGAUAAAACCACACCCGUAGAUUCCCUUUACGCAAAGCGCACUCUCUCUUCUCUUCAUCCAAACAUCCUAGUCCAACGUUCUCCAUCACAUUUCCAAACGGGUACUUUUUACUGGUCUCACCAUGAAAAACUUUGCGUGAUCGAUGAAACUAUAGCAUUCAUGGGUGGUCUAGAUUUAUGUUAUGGUAGAUGGGAUACAUCUCAACACGUCUUGACUGAUGAAGAUCAUUCAUCUCAAGAAGGUCCAGAUGGUCCUGUAUGGAGAGGAAAAGAUUAUUCCAAUGAAAGAGUCAUGGAAUAUUCAAAUUUAGAUAAACCUUUUGAAGAUAUGUUUGAUAGGACUAGUGUACCAAGGAUGCCUUGGCAUGAUGUUGGAUUACAAUUGGUAGGACAUCCAGCUAGGGAUUUAUGUAGACAUUUCGUUCAGAGGUGGAAUUUGCUGAUUAGGACGAAGAAUCACAAACGUCAAAUGCCUUUUCUCCUCCCUCCACCCGAUUUCACAGAUAGAGAAUUAGGAGAUCUACAAUUGCAAGGAACGUGUGAAGUUCAGAUUUGUCGAUCCGUGGGACCAUGGUCAAUGUCCACUUUGACAAAGAUUGAACAUUCGAUUCAGAACGCUUAUUGCAAGUCCAUCGAGCUCUCUGAACACUUCGUCUACAUCGAGAACCAGUUCUUCAUCACCUCCACCGUCGUGGACGGAGUGCGUAUCCAAAACGGUAUCGGUGACGCCCUCGUCGAGCGUGCUAUCCGGGCUCAUAGAGAAGGCACCAAAUGGCGAGCGUGCAUAGUCAUCCCUCUAUUACCAGGCUACACUUUUCCCAUCGACUCGGACAAGGCAUCCUCCGUCCGACUCAUCCUCGAAUGCCAAAACCGUACCAUUUCUCGUGGCACCCAUAGCAUCUUUUCCCGUCUACGAAAAGAAGGCAUCGAUCCGGAUGAAUAUAUUACCUUCUUUUCCCUCCGCGGAUGGGCAAAGUUCAAGAGUGGGACGUUGACCACGGAACAGGUUUACAUACAUGGGAAAACCAUGAUUGUGGAUGAUAGGUUGGUUUUGUGUGGAUCGGCCAAUAUCAACGAAAGGAGUCAGAGAGGUGAUAGGGAUUCGGAAUUGGUGGCUGUGGUGAGAGACACAGAUAUGGUCGAUAGUACCAUGGGUGGUAAACCUUUCAAAGUUGGACGUUUCGCUCAUACACUACGAAUGCGUCUCAUGCGUGAACACGUCGGCGUAGAUGUCGAUUCUAUAGAAGAAGAUCAACUCAUGUCACGUAAACCUAUAGCGGAAGAUGAAGAUAUCGAAACUUGGGAUCCGGAUCACGAACAAGAAGAUGAAGACAUCACGCGUGGAAUCACUACGGUCAAAAGACGUACUGCUAAAGAUCGUCUUGCGAGAACGUUUGAAACAGGUGUAUCAAGUUUGACCAAAGGUGUCAGCGAGAGAGUAGCAGCGGAAGUUCGACAAGGUGCUAAUAAAAUUAUACAUCCUCUUUCUGCCGCUGUCAAAGGUCAAACGGCACGUUCAAGUGCUGGUGCAGCGGAAGAAAGAGAGGAUACAGAUGAAAACGGAUUGCAUGAAGGUUUCGCAAGUUCCGUCGUACCCACUUUAGAGGAAAAGACUAUCAUGGAGAGAAGACCUUCGGCGAGACAUGCGAAUGGAACUCCGUUGUUUGAUUUGAUCGAGGAGGGUCAAGCUGGAUCACCGCCACCGGAGGCGAAAGUUCCCGAAGGGGCGAAGAAAGAUGAGACGGUGGAUGGUGAGGGUAAUGAGAGUGGAGUGCCGAGAGUGAGGAGUGAUGAUGAAGGGGACGUGUUUGGAACUCCGGCAAAAGUUGAGGGGACGGGCGGUUCUGAUGAAUCUCAAAAGGAUAGUGAGGAUGCAGAUGAGGAUUUAGAGAAUGGGAAAGGCGGACAAGUGGACGCUAGAAGGACACUCAGAAGACAUCUAGAAGCCAAAGUGACGAGUUCACCUUGGUCAAUGCCUACACCUACGCCGAAAAUCAACCCGAACAGGCUUCAUGAUCCCCUCGAAGAGACGUUUUGGAAGGAUAUGUGGGUGGCGGUGGCUGUGCACAAUACUGAAAUCUACCGCAAGGUGUUCCGAUGCGUGCCUGACGACCUCGUCACCUCCUGGGCGGCAUAUAAAGCUUUCGCCAGUCACGCAGAAAAGUUCAACCGUCGUCCUGAAGAUGUGGCCGGUCCAGGACAUGCAGAACCGGUGAAAGUGGUGCAUGAUGGACCUGGGACUCAUGGGGCCGGUGGUGGAGGGUCAGGCGGUGGACAUGUGGGUGAAGAAGGGCAAGGUGGAGAACCGAGCGAAGUGGUCGGUGGGGACGUCGGUGGGAGGGAGAAGGAUCCCGCUGCUACGUCUGGUGGUGAUGAGGAGAGAAGAGGGAGUGAUACGAGUCAUGCAGAUCCGGGAAGGGAACCUAGUGGUCCGGAUGAUGCGUGGAAUGAAUGGGAGGUGAAAGAGAUGGAAGAGUUGUUGAAUGAGGUCCGGGGGCAUUUGGUCAUCUACCCUACUCGAUUCCUCGAAGCGGAAGAUUUAGCCAACAACUUUUUGUUCAACGUUAGUCCGUCAUGUGUAAGAAAACAGUUUAUUGACAUGGUAGUCUGA